CAGAGGUCAGGGGUGAGAGUUUACUCGGGUGAAAACAUGGUUGAACACGGGGACGUCCGCGUGGUUCACCGAGGAGGCAGUAAAAUCAACUUCAGGGAGCCUGUCAUCAGCAACGACUCCAGCUUCCUGCUGUGCGCCUCGGGAGAUUGCGUGAAGGUGUUCAGCACCGCCACCGAGGAGUGUGUCCACGACCUGCGGGGACACUCCGGCCUGGUGACGGGGGUCCGGCUCAGACCCUCCAACCACCUGCAGGUCUACUCCUGCUCACUAGAUGGCACUGUCCGACUCUGGGACUUCACAGAUGGAAUCCUUAUUAAGACUUAUGUCAUCGGAUACCCAAUCUACUCCAUCUACACAUCUGCAAACCAUGAAGGAGUCAUCUUUAUUGUUACCGCCAAAAGUGACCAAGGAUCCGAGUUGUUCCAGCUGGUUGCGGUUCAACUGCGGCAGUGCGCAGAACAGGUGGUUGAGGCCCGAGAGUUUUCUGCUGUGCUUCCAGACGUCACCUCGAAGCCCGCAGCCAUUGACUUCGGCAGAGGGGGGGAAUAUAUUGCUUCAGUUAAAGCUCAGCAGCUGGAGGUCUUCUUCUUCAAGAAGCAGAAAUCAUACAGGUUUUUCCUCAGAGAAGACAACAAGAAGGGAGGAAAGAACACAUUCACAUGCGUUGUGUGUCACCCAAAGGAUGACUGCAUUGCCACCGGGCACGAGGAUGGAAAGAUCCGCUUGUGGAGAAACUUCAACCAAAAGAAGGAGUACACGUAUUCCACGAUGCACUGGCACCACGGUGCUGUCGGCUCCCUGUGCUUCACUCCAGAAGGUACCAACCUGCUGAGUGGAGGUGUGGAAUCGGUGCUUGUCCAAUGGCGAUACAACCAAGAGAGCGAGAAGGACUUCCUGCCCCGCCUCGGUGCUGCCAUCACACACAUUGUCGUCUCACCGGAUGGAGCACUGUUCUGUACCUCGCACAGUGACAACAAGAUCACCAUCAUCCAGAGCUGUGUUAAAGUAUCAGCUGUCAUUCAAGGCCUGGUCAAUGGAGAUGGGGUGAGGACAGACUUGAUGGUGGACCCACACAGCAAAGCCAUGGUUUUGAACGGGAAGCCAGGCCACCUGCAGUUUUACUCACUCCAAAGAGACAAACUGCUGUACAAUCUGGACAUUGUGCAGCAGGAAUACAUUCACGAGGAGGGCCUGCAGCAGUUUGAGGUGGUCAAGGCGGCCUUCACCUCCUCUGGAGACUGGCUGGCAACAGUUGAGGAACGACAACAGAAGUCCGCCGAUCUGGAGCUUAAUCUGAAGCUGUGGGCAUUUGAUGAACAAACACAGAGUUUUGUGCUGAACACGACCAUCUCGGCUCCCCACGAGGCGCGGAUUACAGCCAUGUGCUUUUGCCAUGCCGCCGGCAGCCAGACCACCAUGCUGGUUUCCACCAGCAAGGACGGACACUUCAAAGCCUGGCAGUUGGCUGAAGCAGCCCACACACAGGAUGAAGGUUCUUCUUCUUCCUGGUCGUGUGACUUUGUCGGCUCCUACCACGGGCUGGUGCCCGAGUCCUGCUGCUUCUCAGCCGACGGCUCUUUGUUGGCUGUCAGCUUCCAGGAGGUGGUGACUGUGUGGAGCCCGUCGUCCUGGGAGCUCCUGACCACUCUGUCCCAGCCGCCAGGUGCUAUUAGGCACCUUUGUUUUGGGCGACUAAGCUGUUCCAAGUAUCUGCUGGGAGCCACUGACAACAGCCUGCUCUGCUGCUGGAACCUGCUCACCUGCUCCUUGGAGUGGAGCACCGCCAUGGCCACCAGCCUUCUUCUGGUGGACCCUCUCUCUGAGAAUAUUGCCGCCUUCUGCUACCAGGCUGGAUCCACUGACUUGUUUGUCUUUAAGCCCAAUGAGCCCCGGCCACUGUUUUCCCAGAAGGCCGUGUGUUCAGGGAAGGUGAAUCGGGCUGUCUUCGCUCCGAGGGAGGAGAUGCUGGAGAGCUGUGAGGAGAGCAGCCAGUGGCUCAACCGCUCCCAGCUGUACUUCCUCACUCCCUACAUGGACCUCAUGACCUUCAGCACCAAAGCUGAGGAGGACAAACUGAUGGCCUCCAGCAAACAGCUGGUGAUCGAUGACAGCAUUGCCAUGACUCCAUUCUCCCUGUUGCUGGGGAAGCACCGGCAGCAGCAGGAGAAUCAGGACCCGCUGAGCGUCCUGUCUGCAGAGAGAAGCCCUCUGCCUCAGGGCUCUGCUGCCAUCAAGGAGCUGCUGCAGACGCCAGCCCAUGUCCUGCCCUCCACCUCUUUCCUCUGCUCCCUGUUUGUACAGUCUCUGCUCAUCUCCGUCACAGACUCCAGGGAGGAGGACAAACAUGUAGAAGAGGAAAUGGAGAGCGAUAAAGAGAACUCGGAUGAGGAAAUGGAAUCUGGCACCUCGAGACCUGAGGCGGGGUCAGUGGUCGACCAGUACGUUCAUGCUGCUGACCGCCCCCUGACAAAAGCCCAGAUUAGGGAAGUGAGGAGAGUGAAGAAGCUGGAUCAAGGCUGGAUGUCAAACAUUCUGGACACGUGAUCAUGGACAAAAACAGAAAGUCACACACACGUGCAGUGUCUGUACAAAGUUUUCACCACAUACACAGAUUGUUUUCCAUGUCAUGUUUAUGUUUUUACUUCAAUAAAUAAGACUGAAUUUCCUUUUGCAAGAAAAAGGUCUAGAAAGUACAAAACAAAAAUAUUUGAGCAGUUAUUUGACCCUUUGGAUCAGUUUUAUACAUUCCUCUAAUUAAAAAGAAAAUACAUAAAUCUGUUUAAUACGAGGAUCAAUAAUCCCCAUCAUGUUUUUAAAAUAUAGAAUUACAGCCCAUAGUCAUUUUUAAAGGUUUCUGUUAUUCUUCUGCUGACUUGUAUUUCAGUAAAGACGUUACAGAUUUGAUUGAAAAUCUUUUGUCUUCAAUAUCUGUCUCCUUUUAUUCAGUAGGUCGGAUCAUUUGAAUUCAUGCUUCUGAUUUAGAGAUGUAGAAGUUGGAUGUUUCAUAGAUUACUUUCAGCUUUUCAUUUGACCUCUACAUAACACAACAUGCACUCUCAGGCGCUCGACAGGCUGUUACAGGUGAGUCCGUUGGAGGGAAACUAAGGUGCAGUUGGGAAGUUAUUAGUUAUUGUUACAGUAAAAUAAAGAAUCACCUCCAGGCGUUGAAGAACCCCUCCCUGAUUGAAAGUGUCUUGUCCUUGUGAUAGAAUUAUGGACAUGUUAUCCUGGAAUGACCCUCAGUAGAGCACACGGCUCCACUAAGGCCCAGCAGACCUUUCUAAAUUCUCUUCUUUCAUCCAUGAAUCAUUCCCUAAGAAAUCAAUGUAGAAACAACUUGUUUCACAACGUGAUAAAAACACUUCCCGGAUCUGAACCUUUUGUCUGGAUCCAGGCCAACAUGUUGUGAGUUCUUUCUUGGUGGAGGACGGGGGUGAAAUCAUAACCUCAUGGGCUGAGGUGAUAGAAGCACGUCUAGAUUUUCAAGAUAAAGUUUUAUUUGACCUUAAAUUAACUGCUCUACGUUUGGUUUCACAAUCAACACAUCACUUCCAUUUUUGGUGAAAAACUCUUAAUUAAACCCUCCGUGAAUCAAUGAUUUUAAAACCAAGGUGACAACUGUACAUAGACACUGUAUGAAUGCACAUCUGUGUAGAAUGACCCAUUUUCCUAUGCUUUGAGAUUUAAUAAAAAGGGGGUGUAUCCCUUUCUGUACCGA